UGUGGCGUGAAAUUUUUCAUCACUUGACUGGACGAAUAGUUGUUUUGCAAUAAAAAUUGUGUUGGUGAUCUGUUUCUUCUAAUUCUCUACAAAAAUGGCACUAAGAACCACUGCAGUUUUGUGCAAUAACAUGAAGAAAUGGGCUUAUAAUCUCUCAGGGUUCAACCGUUUAGGUUUAAUGCGUGACGAUUGCCUUUACGAAAACGACGAUGUAAAAGAAGCCCUACGCCGUCUCCCUGACCACGUAAUCGACGAGCGCAAUUUCCGCAUGGUCCGCGCGAUCCAGCUCUCCAUGCAGAAGACCAUCCUGCCCAAGGAAGAGUGGACCAAGCUCGAAGAAGACAAACUCUACCUCACACCCAUCGUCGAACAAGUCAAGAAGGAAAGGCUAGAGCGCGAAGAAUGGGAAAAGACCUAUUGAUUAUUCUGCCUGCCCUGCUGUUUAUAGUUUUAUCUAUUUAAUUUAAUAAAUUUAGAAAGUUAAUUUAA